AGAAGAAAAUAUUUACGGAUGUGUAGCAGGCAAACAGCGUCUUUCAUUACUUUUUUCUUGAAAGUGGCUUAGACAAUGGAAGCUAAUGGUGUGGGAAGCUUGCUGCUAGCUUCAUUUAGCGUUAUGUGGCUUGUACAGAGUUCAGCAGCAAGCUCAGUUUUACCAGUGUCUAUAUACACAGUGACCUCCAGAAGUAUCACAGCUCAAUGGUCAAAGUAUCCUGGAGCCCACUCCUUCAGGGUCACAGCCACCCCUGUCAGUGGAAUAGGAGAGUUGGGCUUUGUGCUGUUCAGUGGAUCCACAGUUAUUGGGACGGUUAUCUCUCUCACCGCUAACACUUACUACGAUGUGAAGGUAGAGUGCCUGGACAAUGCAGGCACUGUACUCUCAGAGGGAAAUGUGAAGCAUCUUUCAGCUCCUGAAGUACCUGUGGCCGAUAAAGUUUAUUCCAAGAUUAGCAAUGGCAUCACAGCAGAAUGGGCAGCUGUUCCUGGAGCCCUUCAAUAUGAGCUACGAGCAGAAGCUAACCAUACAUUAUAUACUGAAACAAAUGUUACCGAAUCACCAGGAACAGUGAUGGGGCUGUACCCUGCAACACCAUAUGCUGUUACAAUUAGAUCGAUUAACGUGGGAGGAAAGAGCCAGCCAUCACGGCCCAUGAAAGCAACAACAGUUCCAGCAGCUUCUGUGAUCUCUUCUUAUUCUCCCAGUUCUGACACAAUUGUCGCUAACUGGGACAUCAUUCCAGCUGCUGUUGGAUACUCUGUAACUAUCAUGAGGGCCGAUGGUGAGGGUGUGAAAAUGAAGUACAACACCACAGGAACAAAUUUUACGUUUACAGGAUUGGAACCGGAUGUGCUGUAUACCAUAGUGAUUCAUGCAGUCGAUGCCACCGGGAUACCUGGAGAUGACUUUACAUCCAAUCAAGAAACACUUGCACUUCCUCCAAGUGGUAUUCAGAUAACACCAACAACUGGUGAACCACAAGUUACUGUUUCUUGGAAUCAGACAGACGAUUCUUUAAAUUACACUGUUGUGGCUUCGUCACCCAACUCUGUACUGGCAUGUACUUCAUCUGGAAUCUCGUGCACCCUGUCACCUCUGCUGUGUGGAACUGAAUAUACAAUCUCUGUCUCUGCAAGCAAUACUGCUGGACCCAGCCUGGCAUCAAAUUCAGUGCAACUGCUGACUGUUCCAUGUGCACCAGGGGGCAUUAACAUUGUAGAAAUCCAGCCAGGUAACCUGUCCAUCACAUGGUCUCCAACAGUACUUACCGAUUACUAUAUAGUGUUUGUCAAAACUGAUGAUGGGCUGGAACUACAGUGUAAUUCGUCACUGACUGAAUGCUAUUUUCCAUCUGACUGUGGAUUUACUUAUUUCAUCAAUGUUUUUGCAUACAACAAGGCAGGCCAGAGCCCUGCCGGUGAUGUGCUAAACUACACUACGGCACCUUGUUGUCCAAAUGAUAUUACUCCAAUCUAUGUGUCUGGUGACACAAUAGAAAUUAUAUGGUCUCCAGUUCGCGGUGCUGAACUGUACGAAACAAAUGCUGACGAUGGGAUAAAUGUGGUUCACUGCAAUGACACCUCCACAGUCUGCACGCUUUCUGCUCUUAAUUGUGAUAGCAGAUACAGCAUUUCUGUUUAUUCCUACAGUGAAAUCAGGGGUGUGAACAAUUCAUGCAAUCCACAGUAUGUAUUAACUGCUCCCUGCAGUCCGGAGAUAGUGAACAUCACGAAGAUAACAUCAUCAAUGUUUACCGUAUACUGGGAAAACAACAAUGCAGAUGCCAAUUACACAGUAUAUGCCAGGGCAGAGGGUGAAGUCUGGUCCUGUGACAGCAGUGGAACAUCAUGCGACCUCAGCAGUCUUCCCUGUGGCUCUAUGUUCUCCGUUAGUGUGGUGGCCAAAUCAACUGCAGGAGACAGCUUGCCGAGUUACAGUGAGCCACUUGAGACAGCUCCCUGUUGUCCAAGUGAUCUUACUGUGACUCAAAUUACACCAUCUGUGACGAAUGUGAGUUGGUCCCCUAGCCAUGGAGCACAGACCUAUGUAACAAUGUUGGAGUCCUCAAAAGGACAGGCAAAGUGCCACACUCUGCAGACACACUGCCCUCUAGGUUGUAUCACCUGUGGUACCAACUACACAGUAUCGGUGGAAGCCAUCAGCGAAAGCGGCUUGAGCACAGAGUGCUUAUACCAGGGAUACUCUUCUAGUGCCUGCUGCCCAUCUGGAGUGAAACUUUACAGACUAUCUAAUAAUGAUAUCAUGGUCUACUGGCGUGCUUCAGGGGGAUCAAGCAACUAUAUUGCAGACUUAUAUGGUUCAAAAGGAAAUUUUACCUGCAGCCCGACUUUAGGAGUUGGCUACUGUGACAUUGCAGGGAUCAGUUGUGGGGAUGUCUACACAGUUGUGGUUUCUCCACUUGAUACAGAUGGGUCUAAGGUCACGUUUUGCCCUAGAAAAAUGUAUUCAGUUACCUGUUCUGGAAGUUCAGUAGGCAUGGUGAUUUAUCGAGGCAAGAGGAGUGUGCAAUGAAGCCUAAGAAAAAGAGACGAUUUUGUACAUCGACAGCAGGAAUCCUGACCUAAGUGUUGCUGGUGUAUGGAACAUGUCGACAUUUUGAUCUUGCAAAUGGCUUUAGAAAAAUAAUCUCUUGAUUCCUACUCAGAAAAAGUCUAGAAAGUGAUGACAAAUGUGUAUCAUACAAUUUUUUGCAGUCUUUUACAAGCAAUUAUAUCAAGUGAUUGUCUUCAAUAAAUUAUAAUGUUCCUUGAGGUUUUGUGCUGCAUCACACGAUUUUGCCAUUUCCAAGUGCUUUCAAACAUUCGAACAUCAGAUAUUCAGGCAGGAUUUCUUUUGCUGAAUGAAGUAUACAUGUACAAUAUUAAUGACAAUAAAUGGUACUAUUUGCAAUUAU